AUGGUUGAUUCGACAGAGAAGGGGAUUCCUGGAGAUACUAUUGCAAGAGUCUUCGAAACGUGUUCUUUUACGCAAGAUGAUACAAGAAUUACAGAAGACACUGUAAUGUUAGUAGAAAAGUACAUGAGGUUAUUUAUAAGGGAAGCAGCGCUGAGAUCUCUAGAAAACAAGGAAGUGUUAAAUGAUGUUAAAGCUGAGAAUCCAGUAUUACAGCAUGGUGACCUGGAAAGAAUUUCAGGUGUGUUGCUGCUGGAUCUUUAA